AUGACUGGGCCACCAGAUGCGGACGCAGAAGUUGCGGUAAAGGAGGUCGCGGGCCGAGAGGCCGCGCCUUCCGGAUCGGCUGAGUCGGUAAAGAAGGAGCCGAUCGAUGCUGCGCCUGUGAAUGACGAGGAGGUCACGGGCCAAGGGGCCGCGCCUCCUGAGUUAGAAAUCGCAGGUCAGUCAGCUCCUGUCACGCAAAAGCAGAGAUCGACUCCUUCUGCGGCCGAUGAGCGCGAGGGAAGAGAACAUGCCUCGGAAUCUGCCAAGGAUGGGAGAUCCGAAUUAGAAGAAGAAGAAGAGGAUCUAGAAGCUGAGGUGACCAAGAAAGAGCGGCCCUUGCUGCUGGUAGGAUUGGUGAGCAAGAGCUGGAAAGAACACUUCUUGCCCCGCAAGUUGCUGAACAGGCUGCAGCACGCUCUGAACGGGAAUGGGUUCACGAUUGACAUGGCAGUCAAGGUGUUGGUAGCUGCAAGCUUGAUUCCGCUCGCCUGGAAAACGGAACAAGAAGCUGAAGAGGUCACUGGCCUGAUCUUCAAGUCUGCAGUCCUGGGCCUUGGGAUCAUGAUGCUUUGGUUCCUGGGCAGGGUUGUCGCCAAUCGGCUUGUACGGGCUUAUCAUGGAAACACUCUGCCUGCUAGGCUCUUAGAGUAUAAACCUGAUGGGCAGACAAGCUGGGAGGUGUCCGGCUCGAAAAGGAAACACGUUGUGUGGAUCCGGCUGACUUCACCUCGCCAGUCAGCUUGCGCCUGCAAAAGUUUUAUCGACUCAGGGACGCGCGGGCAUAUUGAUGCCGCCGUCGAACAAGCCAGAAUGAUGGGAUUGGCUCCCAGUCGAGCGGUUCAGUUUGAAGAAGGCUCUCUGGCCAAGGUCAAAGGUGCGGCAGCUCUUAAAGGAAUGGGUGUCGGAGGUCGAUCCACAGAAGCUCUUUGCUUCACCGGGAUGGUGGACAAGGCUCAACGCCUGUUCAGCGCCGAGGGGUCGAAGCCCUCAAUGGACUCGGCUCGCGGUUGUUUCAAAGGGUUGACGCACGGAAAGGCCAAUGAAGGCACACAACUCGCGGUCCAGGAGAAGGACGCGGUUGUUGUGGGGCACGCGGCUCGCAAGAGCGCGGCUCAGUCAGAGAUUGAGUACGUCCGAAACAAGGACGCGCAAGUUCGGGUCAUGGAGCUUUUGAAGGAGAACCCAAGAGCAUCCGUACGCCUAACGGCGUAUAGCCUGGAUCAACCUGAGUUGAUCGAAACGCUUGGAGCUCAUCAAGGUUCCGUACGAGUCUUGGUGGAUUCAGGAAUGACGCACCAGUCUCGUACGAAGAUGCAGCUCCAAAGCCUCAUGAUGCUCCGAAAUGCUGGGCACCGGAUCCGCGUGUGCAAGGGCGGGUCCUUGAGCGCAGCCUAUGGAGAAGAUGGCCGCGAGCGCGGCGGGAAUGGGCUUAAAAGGGCCCAGCAUUCCAAGACGUGCUUCUUGGAGGAUGACCACAGUGGCUGGUUGGUCAUUGGCAGCUGCAAUUGGACGACCAGCAGCAAGGCCAAUAGGGAAGCAGGAGUGGUGAUCACUUCCUGUUCCAGCCUCCAGGCUUUUGUGGGUUUUAAGGCCACUUUGACUCGGAUUGGGAAGUGGCUCGGACCUUCGAUGUAUACCAACCAGGUCAAGGUGGACGUGGACGAGUUCAGUCCGGGAAGGCUUCGACAGAGAGCCGCUGAACUGUCCAAGCGGGGUAGAAAGGCCCGUUAA